AAAACCUGGCUUGCUCUUGUUUUUGGUUCUUAGGUCACUUGACAAGGUAAAAGAUCUUUGCUUUUGUCUCUUUUGGUUGGAAUCUCAAGUCUUGUUACCAUUCGAAUUCUUUCCUUGCUAGUUAGCUGUUUACUUUCUAGUUCUGCGUAAUCACAAUCACCGGAAAGACUAAUCCUUGAAAUUUGGAAACUUGUGGGAUUUGAUUGAUAAGAGUUGUAAAGAUGGCAAAUGACGCGGCUGCGUGUGCAGAAAGGGCUACAAAUGAUAUGCUGAUUGGUCCAGAUUGGGCUAUUAACAUUGAAUUGUGUGAUAUUAUCAACAUGGAUCCUAGUCAAGCAAAAGAAGCUGUGAAAGUGCUCAAGAAGCGGUUAGGAAGUAAAAACUCUAAAGUCCAGAUUCUUGCACUUUAUGCAUUGGAAACUUUAAGUAAGAAUUGUGGCGAAAACGUGUACCAGCUUUUCAUUGACCGUGAUAUUUUGAUAGACAUGGUCAAACUAAUGAAGAAAAAGCCGGGCCUGAAUGUGAGGGAAAAGAUACUAAGUUUGUUAGACACAUGGCAAGAAGCUUUUGGUGGACGUGGAGGUCGAUACCCACAAUACUACAAUGCCUAUAACGAUCUCAGGUCUGCUGGAAUUGAGUUUCCACCUCGAACGGAAAGCAGUCUAUCGUUCUUUACUCCACCGCAGACUCAGCCAGAUGAUGAUGCUGCUAUUCAGGCGUCGUUGCAAGGAGAUGUUGCUUCUAGCCUCAGCUUGGAAGAGAUUCAAAGCGCUGAGGGAUCAGUUGAUGUUUUGAUGGACAUGCUUGGAGCACUUGAUCCCGGGAAUCCCGAGAGUUUAAAAGAAGAAGUUAUAGUUGACUUAGUUGAGCAAUGUCGUACUUAUCAAAGACGUGUAAUGACUCUUGUGAACACUACAACAGAUGAGGAACUUCUGUGUCAGGGAUUGGCAUUAAACGAUAAUGUGCAGCGUGUUCUUCAGCGUCACGAUGAUAUCGCAAAGGUCAGCUCUGUUCCUUCAAAUGGAAGGAAUACUAGAGCUCCUCCUCCAGUUCAGAUUGUCAACAUCAAUCAUGAUGAUGAAGAUGACGAAUCAGAUGAUGAGUUUGCUCGGCUUGCUCACAGGUCUUCAAGUGAUAUCAGACCACCACCACCACCACCUACAAUGAGACCAGUACAUGGUAGUGAUUCGGGUAUGGUGGAUUUCCUUAGUGGGGAUGUCUAUAAACCUCAAGGCUCCUCCAAGCCUCCUCAUGCUUCUUCUUCUUCUCCUGUUUUCGAUGAUGCAAGUCCACAAAGCAAAUCCUCUGAGGUAAUUAGGAAUCUUCCACCUCCGCCUUCAAGGCACAACCAGAGGCAACAGUUCUUUGAGCAUCACCACUCGAGUAGCGGCUCAGAUUCCUCUUACGAGGGACAGAUCCGGAACCUUUCUUUGACAACUAGUGAACCGAAGAAAGAAGAGAAACCAGAGGAUUUGCUUUUCAAAGACCUGGUUGAGUUCGCCAAAACCAGAUAUGAAGACCAUCAUCCCAUUGUUGCUCUUUGCCGUCAUCAUACUCAUGACAUCAUUUCUGGCUCCGGUGAAAGUCGCUUGUUACGUGGAAACGCAACAACCACUCCCGGUGGUGCCAGGAUGCCCGGCGAGGCUUCAAAAAUGCUUAGGUGUAAUCAGAAAGAGCAAAAGGCGUUUUUGGUAAAGAACAACCUCCAGGUGCUCAACAUUUCCCUCGAUGGAGAAAUGCAAAUCCUCAUGGAUAGGAUCCGUACUUGCUACAACAUCAAGGGAGAUGUUGCUGAAGGUCAAGAAUCCGGUGUGAUUUCUACUGAUUUUACUUUCUCCAGCAAGAACCAGUUCUUUCAAAUUGGUUGCGGUAUUAUCUUCAUUGUGAACGUUGGUGUGCAACAACAAUCCACAUUCGACUGCGUUACAUAUUGCCAUUCCCUUGAUCAACUUAAUGAUGUAUCGUGUUUUCAUAUGGACGGUUGUUGUCGAACAUUUAUCAAUCCUGGAGACAGCAAGUUAAAGUUUGUAACACUCAUCAAUCCUUACAGCACAGACGUGUUUGACGUAAAUCCUUGCAUCUAUAGAUUUAUCGUUCAAGCCGGGUAUUACAAGUUUUCUGGACGAGAAGAUCUCAAAAACCUGCGGAACCUCACACAGUUUCCAGUGUUAGUAGACUGGAGUAUCAGUGAUUUGACAUGUGAGGAAGCUGGGAACACAACGUGCCAUCAGAACAGCGAUUGCAUCAACCGUAAAGAUAUCAAGGGGCAUACCUGCAAAUGUCAAGAGGGGUUCCAAGGGAAUCCAUACAUGGAACAUGGUUGCCAAGAUAUCGAUGAGUGCAAAUUGAGCAAUCGUCCUUGUGCCGAGCAUGAAACCUGUCGCAACACUGUUGGUUCUUUCCAUUGCAAGAAACGUAAAGAAUGGAAAAUCCUUCUUCUUGACAUGGAGAUCAUUCCAUUGAUGCUCAUUUCCGUCAUCAUACUCUUGACAUCAUUUCCGGCUCCGAUUAAAGUCUCCGGCAGGGGCGGCGGCGGCGGCUUUGUUGGUAGUGGGAAUCCUGGUGGUAUUGGAAGCGGCUAUUUUGGUGGUGGUGGGAAUGCUGGCCCCGGCUAUAGGGGUGGAAAUAUCCCUAGCGGCGGCAGCAUUAGGGAUGGGAGUAAUGUUGGCACCGGUUAUAGGGGUGGGGCUUCAGGCGGCAAGCCUUCGGGUGGGGGUGACACCGGUCCGGCAAUUGUGGUGAUUCCUAAGCAGCCCGAGGAACCUGUGAAGGUGGUGCCAACGCCAAUGCCACAAGUAUGCAAACCGGAAGUUAGAGAUUGCGUCAAUAAGCAUAUAUACGGAGCCGCCGGGGCACCUACAUACCGCGGGGCAUGUUGUCAGAAAUUUAGGACCUCAGUAUCAUGUGUGUGUAAAUUCCUUUUAUCCUAUGAUCCUAAGCUAAGCAAAGGUGCUAAUGGUGUACUUAGUGGUUGUCAUUAUUCUAAACCCAAUUGUAAUAAGUAUAGGAUGCCAAUGCCACAAGAAUGCCUACCUGAAGUUAGACAUUGCAUCAAUACACAUGUAUACGGAGGCGCCGGGGAACCUCACCAAGGCGGAGCAUGUUGUAACAAAUUUAGGCAAUCAAGAAGAUGUAUCUGUAAAUUCCUUGAGUCUCAGGAUGCUCACCUAACCAAAAAAUCUAGUGACGAGCACAUGGUGAGAGACUCGGCUAUGCUCCGGAUGGGUACUCUUCAUGGCUCUUCCAUCUCGGGCUGUGAUCUACGGGCCACAAGAUUGCAGCCCCAGAAAACUUUUGAGAAAUGUCAUGCCUAAUCACGGUCAGGAAGAUAGAAAAGGGUUUAAGAAAGCUGCAGCCUUUUAUGGCAAUGUCCUGUCUAAAUAAUCUUGCUUAUGGAGAGAGCUUUUGUUUGAGAAUGAUCCCAAGAUCUUGACGCAGGAUGUGAAGGACCCCAAUCUAUGGCCUGGACUACAAAGCUUCA